CCGCGGCCCCGGGCGAGGCCUCACUUGCCUCCAGAAGCCCCAGCCGCCGGCAUCGAUCCAGCGCCCAGCAGCUAUGGCGUCCCUGCUACCCAGCCGGGCCUUGCCCUUGACCCUGGUCCUGAUGGUUACCCUGGCCCCAGGGGCUGCAGUCUUCAACAUCUCCAGCCUCGCCGGCCUGCUGGCCCCGGCGCUCACCGAGAGCCUGCUGGUGGCCUUGCCCCCCUGCCACCUCACCGGGGGCAACGCCACCCUGACGGUCCGCAGAGCCAAUGACAGCACAGUGCUGACACGUGGCUUCGUGGUGCCGCCCUGCCGCGGGCGAAGGGAGCUGGUGAGCGUGGUGGACAGCGGGGCUGGCUUCACCGUCACCCGGCUCAGCGCCUACCAGGUGACAGGCCUCGCACCCGGAACCAAAUACUACGUCUCCUACCGGGUGCGGAAGGGGGCGGCCACCGAGUCCAGCCGAGAGGUCCCCAUGUCCACCCUUCCUCGACGCGAGGCGGCCUCCAUCGGGCUGGGGAUGGCCCGCACGGGCGGCAUGGUGGUCAUCACCGUGCUGCUCUCCGUCGCCAUGUUCCUGCUGGUCGUGGGCCUCAUCGUGGCCCUGGCCCUGGGCGCCCGGAAGUGAGGAGGCCUCGCGGGCGGACGGGGCUCGGCCAGGAGGUUGGCACUGGCCGGCUCUCCAGCCCAGAGCUGGGCCUUCGCUCCUGACAAGCCAGCCUGUUCCCCCACCUGUCUGGCUCCUUGGUCACCCUCCUCCCUCUGCUCCUCCCCUGGUCUCAGGCCCCCUUUCCCAGCCCCCCUGUCUGCUUCCUCCCCCUGCUCCUGUCACAGCGAGU